AUGAAGUUCUCCACGACUGUUUUCACCAUCCUGUCCGCCGCGCUGGCUUCGGCCACGCCGGUCACGGUCACUGAGCGUCAAGAAGAGGGAAUUUGCAGUUUUGAUGCUGUCCGGGCAACGCCGAUUUGCUGUAGUGUAACAUUCGCGGAUUAUUCUUCCGGCACUUACUGCCGACCUCCUUCCCGCGACCCCACCGACGUUGAGGACUUUAGGGAUAUCUGUUAUGAAUACGGGCAAUUCGCCAUGUGCUGUGAACGCACUGAUCUGGCUGCAUCCUCCAACUGUGUCAAGCCGCUGUUGGAUGGUGAGACUCCGCCCGGGUCCGGGACUGAGGAGUAG